AUUUGGGAUUAACAUCUUUGGAUUUCUUCUCUAUAAGUAAAAUAUAAAAAUUAUCAUCAUUUUGGAUUUAACAUAUCAAUUAUCUGCCAUGGAGGACGAUACCGAUGACAGGGACGAUACAAAAAGGCGAUCGCGAAACUUAAGUGAAAAGAAACGGCGGGAUCAAUUUAAUUCACUGGUUAACGAUUUGAGCGCUUUGAUUUCGACGUCAAAUCGAAAGAUGGACAAAUCCACGGUACUGAAGUCAACGAUAACAUUUCUCAAGCAUCACAAUGAAGCAACUGAUAGGUCAAAGGUUUUUGAAAUACAGCAGGAGUGGAAGCCCUCGUUUCUCAGCAACGAUGAGUUCACUCAACUGAUGUUGGAAUCUCUGGAUGGGUUUAUAAUUGUUUUUGGGAGUAGCGGAUCGAUUUUUUAUACAUCGGAUAGUGUUACAGCCCAAUUAGGUUAUUUGCCGUGUGAUCUCAUGAAAAUGACAAUUUUUGAUUUAUCCUACGAAAUGGAUCACGAGAUACUCUUGAAUAUGUUCCUCAAUCCCAAGCCCGUAAUUGCACCCAUGCAAACUGACAUUGGCGCCCGCAAUCAAAUAACCUUUUUCCUGCACUUGAAACGUAGGGGCACUGAGGAUGGCGAUCGGAACUCGUUUGAACUAGUAAAAUUUGUAGGUUAUUUUAGAAACGAUGCAAAAAUCGAUGUGGUUGCUCAAAAUACUCAAACAUCUUUGCCUCGUGCACUCCAACGGAAUUCGGCAUCCGCGAUAGAUCUGGACCACAAGUUGAUCUUUGUCGGUACUGGCCGUCUGCAAAUGCCCCAAAUGAUACGCGAAAUAACCGUAACAGAUCCGACCUGCAGCGAAUUUACCUCAAAACACAGCAUGGAAUGGAAGUUCCUGUUUCUCGAUCAAAGAGCCCCUCCCAUAAUUGGAUAUAUGCCUUUCGAAGUUUUGGGUACCUCAGGCUAUGACUACUAUCACUUUGAUGAUAUUGAUGACAUUGUUAGCUGUCAUGAGAAAUUAAUGCAAGAAGGCAAAGUUAAAUCGGGUUACUAUCGCUUCUUAACCAAGGGUCAUCAAUGGAUUUGGCUCCAAACUGAUUCGUAUAUUUCCUACAAUCAAUACACCACCAAACCGGAAUAUGUGGUCUGCACUCACAAGGUCAUCAAUUAUAUAGACGUUUUAAAAUACGGAACUUAUGACAGAAAUAAUCCGGCCUCUUCGGCCAAACCGUCAUCAUCAUCAUCAUCGUCUGCUCUAGCCCCCCGUGAAAUGGCGAACAAAAACCCCACCAAUACAAUAGAUACAACAUUGCCCGUAACACCAACUGAUAUUAAUGCGGAUACAGUUCCAACGUUAACAGCCUCGACGGCAGCGGUGGCUUGCACCACGCCCAACAACAACAUGAUAACUGUCAGUAGUUCCAACAACAUAUACAGUCACUCCACAAAUCUAAUUGGCGAUAUUCUGCGCAAUGAAACUUCACCCAGUUUAGAUUCAUCGACGCUAUGGACAAAUCCACCCACCCCCACCGGAGCAGGUCAGAGCUGUCAACUGCAGGCCAUAAAAUCGAAUUCUCGUCCAGCGUCUAGUUAUGGUAAUAUUAGCUCGACGGGUGUUUCGCCGAAUGUGAAACGAAAACGCUAUAUGUACAAUUGCCGUGGCAAUGAAUCGGAUUCCACGUCGAUGUCUGCUGAAUCGGGCACAAGCCGUCAAUCAUUAAUGACGCAUAUGAGUACGGGUCGGCAAAGGUUUACUUCCAAUUUGGGGCACAGCAAUUAUUCCAGCAGCGGACAUCACCAGCAACAGAACUUGACAUCCACAAAUCCUCAUCAUCACUCACACUUUUCACAUCACCAGCAAAAUCAUUCGCAACAACAGUCAUCCCAACACGCCCAGAGCCUACAUCAGCAACAACAAAUUCAAAUGAAUUCUUCGCCACAGGGUCAGAGAAUGUUCCAGUCGAUAUCGCAGCAUCCUGCAAUCGUACAGGGAAGCCCUAUAGGCGGCACUGGAACGUGUCAAUUUUCUCAGCCUACAUUUCCCAUACGAAGUCCUCAAAUUGUGGCUCCACCGUUUAUAGAAUCGCCGCAAUAUCUCACAGCGAUACCGGUGCAGCCGGUCAUAGCUCCAUUUCAGGCUGCCCCAGUUAUAUCACCCCUACCGCAUCAUCCCCAGCACGAGAUGAUAGCUGCCCCAGUAGUUAUGACCCCGUCCCAAAACCAAUUGCAGGAACAGCUUCAGCGUAAACAUGACGAACUGCAGAAGUUAAUUCUUCAGCAGCAGGAUGAACUGCGAAUUGUUUCCGAGCAAUUGCUGUUGGCUCGCUACACCCUGCUGCAGCCAAUGAUGCCAGUGAACUAUGGCCAAACCGAUGCUCUGACGCUGGGCAACAACAGUCGCAACAUUAAUUUCAACAACAAUGCGGUACAACAGCAAUUCAAUCAAUACGGAUUUGCAAUGAAUUCCAACGAAAUGAAUAACCAACAAAUCAUGUUGCAGCAUCAGCAGAAUUUACAACAACAACUGCAACAUAAUCAAGCUCAGCGACACCAGUGUCAACAACAACAGCAGCAGCAACAGCAUCAGGCAAGCCAACAGCUACAGGCGAAUAUGGCAAACACAACUAAUGCAGCAAGUAACCAUCCGCCACACCAACCCAUACAUUCCGAAGAGCCGGAUGAGAUGCUUCUAAAUCGAAAUGUUCCGGACUUGGAGCAAUUCGCUCAGGAAGAAUUUGAUGCUUUUCUAAAUCUAUCGCCGUUACAAAAUAUAGGCACCUCCGAACCAACGCUGAAUAGUAUCUCAGCAACAGUACAAAAUCCGAAUUCAGCAAAUCCAAACACUCCCGCCAAUAUCACCAGCACACCCAACCCCCUCAACAGUGCUGGUUCAGGACACAUUAUGGAAACGACACCAUACAAAGGGGAUUCGAACAAUGCUGCCGCUACAACCAGCGAAGAUUCAAUAUUCUCCUACAUACAACUGGCCGCAGAAUCUAGUCAUCCCAUGAACUUCAACAUGAAUAUCAGUGAUGACAUCACGGAUGCAAAUGCCGAGGAUAACAAGCUAAUGUCUCAUUCUCAUUCCGCCAACAAUGAGAGAAGUAACAUCAAUCACGCCGACCAUCAUCAGCUUGCCUUGCCCAACCCUCAACCCACAUCACAGCAAAAUACAUCACCCUUGGGUCCGCAACAAUCUCAGCGAUCCACAUUAUUUGCUGCAUGUCAAUCGUCUCCAAGAACAAAUGAUGUUCAACUUCCCAAUACGACAGCACAUCAGCCGACAUCACAGAUUGGCAACAACAGUGGCAGCAACAACAACAACAACCCAACUUCCAAUAACAACGAUUCGAGUAUUUUGUCAAAUACCAUGAAUCGAAUAUUGCCGUUUCAAAUUGCCUCAGAACCAUUGGAAAAUAUCUUCAAUACCGCAAACUCCUCCACGCAGCAAAGUGGGGGAACAAAUCCAUAACAGUACUCUAAUUAUUUCGGAUAAUAGGCGAAAUUUUUUUGUAAAUAUGUAUGUUUAUGUAGGUAUGUAAGUUCUGUGUAAAUAUAGUUAUAGGAAUUAAGUUGUAUAUUCCAUUUCAUCCAAUACACCCGGUCAUAUAAUUUAUUGUAUUCAUUGAAAAUACUCCUCUAAGCUAAAAGACAUUUGCAUUACAAACAUGGCAAGAAAAUUUGGAUCCCAAAAUCGAUCUGGCAAAUAUGAAUGAAUGUGAUUUCUUCCGAAAUAUGUCUUGUUCAUACACCCUAAUAGGGAAUUUUGUCUAGUUAAAUUAAAUUUUCUGAAAACUAGUCUUAAUUACUUCGAACAUUGUAAAAAAAAACAAGUAAGCAAAGGCUACAGUCGAGCGGGGCCGACCGUUAAAUACCCUACAACACUAUAAUAAACGAUACAGUUCAUAUAGGCGAGAUACUCGAAAGAAUUCCACAAGAUAUUGUGACAAAUCAUAGAAGAAAGCCAUCAGGUUUCGUUCUCUAAUUUUCGAAUAAUAGCAACUUAAACUAAUUUGCUAAUUUCCAAUUUAUUGGAAGAUGUUGCACGUAAAUGGUCUUCCUAAAUCUGAAACCAAUAUUUCCCAAACACCUAUAAUCUCUCAGAAGUGGCAAAAGAUUAACAUUUAUUAAUGGUUUUUGACUGAAACGCAUCUAUAUGAGAUACAGACAUUUGACUAUAUUCUUCAACGAAAUCAGCGUUAGUCAGAAGUGCGUCUUUCCUGCAUUUGUGAGUUCUCCAAAAAGUCGCUGGAAUGGACAUUUUCGUAUUUAGUCUACAAAAGUUGGCAAACUAUUUCACACAUUGAAUAUUUUUGGAUGGCCAUCCGAAACUGCUUGGCUUUUGCAACCCCCAUUCAAAUGUGCGUGAGGAUCGGACGAUAAUUACGACCUGCUGACAUUUUUGCAGUUUUUUUGGUCCAUUUCAACCCCUAAAUACAUAACGAUCAUCUCCAAAAAGAGUAUGCAUCUAUUCUGACCCUCAUCUUAUCCCCAUGCAAAAUUUCGUAAGGAUCGGGCCAUAAAUACGAUCUGUAUAUGAUAUCGUGAUAUCCUAACUACUUAGUUUUGUUAGCUGUAGAAAU